AUGGUUAAACCCCACGAGGAGGAGGUGUGGUUAGUAAUGAGCGACAGGAGGUGUUUAUUAAAUGUCGGACUACCCAUUGCUGCGAUGACUAAGACGAAUCCUGUCUUUCCGAAUGAUGGACGAAGUACAGGUCCAGAGUCGCAACCAGGUUCGCGUGGAAGUGUUAUGGAGGACCUACUGCCUUCAUUGGCCGGCGCGUACGAUGACCCGGCGGCUCUUUGCAAGUGCGUACCACUAUCACAGGAUGGCGCGGGCGCUAUCCGUGUCCCAUCACUAGUGGAAGACACCACAAGCGACGACGAGGACGACGAGGACAUGUCGCGGGACCUUUCCAAGGCCCUAGAUAUGUCUUCGUCAUCGUGCUCCAGCCCACGCACCAGAAGUCGGCGGCACCGUAGUUCCGUGAGCACAAUAUCCACAAUCCUGCAUCAGGAGAGGUCCGGGAAGGAGGACAUGACCAAAAGCCUCAGCGGUCCGGUAGACCAAGAAAGACCUAGUUUACUUGCCAAAAUAUCGACUGUAUUCUUUCGGAGGAAUAACACUCCCAAGAAAAACCAUUCGUGUGUAGCUGGCCCCACGAGCCGCCCACAUUCCCAAACGCUGGCGGCUACGGAUGUAGCCGCCCAGUCGUUGCGCCACCAAAAGGAGCUGGAAGAUGCCAAGUACGCUCGAGUAAUCGAAAACCUCCGCUCCAUAGGAUGGUGCUCUCGCAGAGAGAUCAAGUCUGUGGAAUAUAAACGAUCUUUGAUCAAUGCACAGUGGGACGAGAAGAUCUCGCUUCUGUCCCACGCACAGUGCUAUAAAUAG